AUGAAUUUUGGCAAGAUAGGCUUUCUUCUUGGCUGCCCGAACCUGCUAAGCUCCUCUAUACCUCGACAUUCCAGAACUGCCCUUUUGCACAACUUGGUGCGCUACCAAGGUGAAGCUAUGAUAGAAACUGCCGUUGAUGAACCACGUGAUCCUGAGUUGAAUGCUCGGGGUGUUGUUCCUGCUGAUGAUGAGACUUAA